AUGCAACUCGACAUGGCUUCGCCCAUGCUCAUCGCCCUGUUCUUCGCCUUUGCCAUGGUGGCGGCGGCGCUGCAUCCCUCGGAUGCGGCGAGGCUCCAAGUCCAACAAGCAUACAAGCCCGCGGCCGCAGGCCAAGAUGCAGCAGAAAAGGUGGCCGACCACAACCAAGCAGCCGGCGGCGUGCCACGCCCAUCGACACCUCCGGCUGGCAAUGGCAUCCCCACUGGCCUACCUCCAAACCUCCUGGCCGCCAUCCUGGGUCUGCUUUUCCCGCAGCUGGGCGGCAUUAUCGGCCUGUUGCAGCCACUGAUCCCACUCCCGCCGCUGGGGUCGUCUCCGCCUCUCCAGGGCGCCGGCAACCUGGGUGCGACUGCCAGCUUGACGUCGUUCUCCCCUCCGCCGCCGCCCCAACCACCCCAACCGGCGGAGUGCAUGACGCCGCUGGCUGGCAUGCUGCCGUGCACGGACGACCUGACCAACAUCACCGUGCUGACGUCCCCCGGCGAGUGCUGCGACGGGCUCAAGUCCAUCAUCAGGGACGCGCCCAUCUGCCACUGCCACGGCAUGAACGGCGACAUGAACCAGUUCUUGCCCAAGCCCGUCGACCCCAUCCGCAUGCUCAUCCUCCCGCUCGCCUGCGGCACCAUGCUGCCGCUCCAAACGCUCUUUGCGUGCAAUAGUGCCGCCGAUAAUGCUUCCUAUGCCAGCUGA